UUUUGUAACCCGGUGCUUCAACUGGCUCUCUCCCCUCACCUUUUGAUCUCUGGCUCUUCCCCUGCAGGUGCCUGGAGGACAGCAACGGAGGAGUGGGGGACUGAGGACUGGAAUGAAGAUCUUUCAGAAACGAAGAUCUUCACUGCCUCCAAUGUCUCCUCAGUGCCGCUGCCUGUGGAAAAUGUGACCAUCACAGCUGGACAGAGAAUCGACCUUGCGGUGCUCUUAGGAAAGACACCUUCCUCGCUAGAGAACGAAUCGGCCAACUUGGAUUCCUCCAAAGCGCCAACUCUCAACCAGCCCCUGGUCUUCAGCAAUUCGAAGCAAACCACCAUCUCCCAGUCGGGUUCGGCGAACACCUUCUCCCACCACGGCAUGGUCGGUGUGCUCGGAAAGGGCUUCAGCGAAGUGGGGGAGGGGAAGAGCGGCGGCGGCGGCAGCGCCACCACCACCACCACGACCGGCUCUCAAUUCCUGGAGCAGUUCAAGACCGCCCAAGCCCUGGCUCAGCUGGCGGCCCAACACCCCCAGCCGUCCGGAAGCAGCAACGCGGCCUCCUCGUGGGAUAUCGGCAGCGCGAGCCAACCCUCCUCCCUUGUGCAGUAUGAUCUAAAGAACCCCUCGGAACCGGCGGUGCAUACCCCCUUCACCAAACGGCAGGCCUUCGCCCCCACCUCCACCAUGAUGGAAGUGUUCCUCCAGGAAAAGCAACCGGUGGCAACGGCCUCCUCCGUUUCGGCUCCGCCGCCUCCGUCCUCCCCCCUCGCCACCAAAACCAACCCGGCCUCCCAGAUGUCCCCGGAUUCCUCCAGCCCUCAGCCAGCCCAGCAGAAAUUAAAACAACAGAAAAAGAAGGCCUCCUUGACAUCCAAGAUUCCAGCUCUGGCGGUGGAGAUGCCCGGUUCGGCGGACAUUUCGGGACUCAACUUGCAAUUCGGGGCCUUGCAGUUUGGUUCGGAGCCCGUCCUCUCCGAGUACGAAGCCCCCCCUGCUACGAGCACCGCGGCCAGCCAGCCUCCCAACAGCCUCUACACAAGCACGGCCAGCGAGUCUCUGUCCACGAUUUCCUCCAACAAGAGUCAGGAUUCGGCGUUCCCGAGUGGCACCAUGCCUACAGCAACGUAUACCUCCCAGAACAGUGCUCAGGGACCACUGUACGAGCAGAGAUCCACCCAGACCCGGCGGUACCCCAACUCCAUUUCAUCCUCGCCCCAAAAAGACUUAAGCCAGGCCAAGAAUGGCUUCAGCUCAGUGCCACCUACGCAGUUGCAAACCACCCAGGCAACUGAAGGUUCCACUGGGUCUGCAGUAAAAUCCGACUCCCCUUCAGCCCCCAGCAUCCCGGCCCCUCUGACCGACGCCGUGUCGGCGGCCUCCCUGCUGACCACGGCUACCCAGCAUUCCUCGGUGCUCAGCAGCCUGAAUCACGCCGAGGAGCUCUCCAGCACGGCCGCCACGCAACACAGCAGUACCUUACCUGCCCAACAGAACAGCCUCUCUUCCUCAACUUCCUCCAGUCGCACGUCAACUUCAACUCUCUUGCACACCAGCAUAGAGAGCGAAGCCGCGCUCCACUCUUCUACAAGCACUUUCUCCACGGCCUCCAGUACCGUCUCGGCCGCACCGCCGGUGGUCAGCGCCCCCUCGAGCCUGAGCAGCGUCAGCAGCCUGGGCCUGAGCCUCAGUAAUAACUCCACCGUGACGGCCACCACGCGCAACUCCAUAGCCACGACGUCAGGAAAGGCUCCCCCCAACCUGCCUCCCGGCGUGCCCCCGUUGUUGCCGAACCCGUACAUCAUGGCUCCGGGACUGUUGCACGCCUACCCGCCACAAGUUUACGGCUACGAUGACUUACAGAUGCUUCAGACAAGGUUCCCCUUGGAUUACUACAGUAUCCCCUUCCCCACACCAACCACCCCGCUGACCGGAAGAGACGCCACCUUGAACAGCAAUCCGUAUUCUGGUGAUCUCACGAAAUUUGGCCGAGGCGAUGCCUCUUCCCCCGCGCCGGCGACCACGCUGGCCCAGCCUCAACAGAACCAGACCCAAACGCAUCACACCACCCAACAGACGUUCCUCAACCCGGCCUUACCGCCCGGCUACAGUUACACCAGCCUGCCCUACUACACCGGGGUUCCUGGGCUGCCCAGCACCUUUCAGUACGGGCCCGCUGUCUUUCCCGUCGCCCCUACUUCUUCCAAACAGCACAGUGUCAACGUCAGCGUGAAUGCCUCGGCCGCCCCAUUUCAGCAAGCCAGUGGUUAUGGGUCCCACGGAUAUAGCACGGGAGUUUCCGUAACAUCCAGUAACACAGGAGUGCCUGAUAUCUCUGGCUCUGUCUAUUCUAAAACGCAGCAGUCCUUUGAGAAGCAGGGAUUCCACACCGGGACGCCCGCCGCCUCCUUCAACUUGCCGUCGGCGCUGGGCAGCGGGGGCCCCAUCAACCCUGCCACAGCUGCGGCCUACCCCCCGGCUCCCUUCAUGCACAUCCUGACCCCCCACCAACAACCUCAUUCCCAAAUCUUGCAUCACCAUUUGCAGCAAGACGGGCAGAGUAGCACCGGCCAGCGCAGCCAAGGCAGUUCCAUCCCGCAGAAAUCGCAGGCUAACAAGUCAGCCUACAACAGCUACAACUGGGGUGCCAACUGAGGGCGCCCCCCCCCCCUCUCUCCCUUCCCUUCCUCAUUCUCCCCACGCCAGAAGCAGCAGCGGCAGCGGCAGCAGCAGCGACACUUCAACCAAGAGACCGGCAGAAGAAGAACGACAAGAGACCCCUCCAAAAAGAAGAAGGAACGAGCCCCCUGCCCCUCCCUCCACCCCCCCCCCCCCC